AGACGGACGUCGCGGAUUCGUCGCCGCUGCCGCCACCACCACCGUCACGUUUUUUAUCUGAAAAUUAGGGACUCAUUUCGGACGCCAUUAACGUAGUCCCGUAUUUUCUUUCUUUCUUCACGAGGAAUUGAGCCGAGCGGGGGGACAAUGAUAUAAUGAGCUCGGCUCCAUUAGAAGAAUCUACGCCGCCCUUGAAUUCCGAAGGCGAAGAGUACCGGAGCCUCCUCCCGUCCUCCCCGUCAACGUUGCCGUUGGCGGAAGGGAAAGCGGAGAAGGAUGAUGAGGCGGGAAUCGAGUAUGAAUCGCGGGAGGAGAAAGUUGGGGCCGUUGAUAUCGAAUCGGAGACGGCCGACGGCGUUGAUUGCAGCACCGUCCCUCCCUUUUCAUGGAGGCAGCUAUGGCGGUUCACCGGGCCGGGGUUUUUGAUGAGCAUAGCGUUUCUGGAUCCGGGGAAUCUCGAGGGGGAUCUGCAAUCGGGAGCGAUUGCCGGCUACUCGCUCCUAUGGCUGCUCAUGUGGGCCACCGCCAUGGGCCUGCUGAUUCAGCUUCUCUCCGCCAGAGUCGGCGUCGCCACUGGCCGGCACCUGGCGGAGCUCUGUCGGGAGGAGUAUCCGUAUUGGGCCGGGCUAUUGCUCUGGUUCAUGGCGGAGUUGGCCCUGAUUGGAGCAGAUGUUCAGGAGGUUAUUGGUAGUGCCAUAGCCAUUAAGAUUCUCAGCCGUGGGGUUAUUCCACUCUGGGCCGGCGUCGUAAUUACAGCUUCUGAUUGUUUCUUUAUUUUGGUUCUGGAGAACUAUGGAGUGAGGAAGCUGGAAGCUGUUUUUGCUGUUCUUAUUUCAACUAUGGCUCUCUCCUUUGCCUGGAUGUUUGGAGAUGCGAGACCAAGUGGGAAGGAACUUUUAACAGGUCUUUUGAUUCCGAGACUUAGUUCAAGAACCAUUCGCCAGGCUGUUGGAGUUGUGGGGUGUGUAAUAAUGCCUCAUAAUGUGUUUUUGCAUUCAGCUUUGGUACAGUCUAGGGAGAUUAAUCCCAAGAAGAAAGGUCAGGUUCAGGAGGCGUUGAAUUAUUACACCAUAGAAUCAUCUCUUGCCCUUCUUGUGUCUUUCUUGAUCAAUUUGUUUGUUACGACUGUUUUCGCCAAGGGAUUCUAUGGCAGUAAACAGGCUGAUAAUAUAGGCCUAGUCAAUGCGGGACAGUAUCUUGAAGAGAAAUAUGGCGGGGGGCUGUUCCCAAUCCUCUACAUUUGGGGUAUCGGAUUACUGGCAGCUGGUCAAAGUAGUACUAUAACGGGUACUUAUGCGGGGCAAUUUAUCAUGGGUGGUUUUCUGGAUCUUCGCUUGAAGAAAUGGCUGAGGGCUCUGAUCACUAGGAGCUGUGCCAUUUUGCCUACGAUAGUUGUGGCUCUGGUUUUCCAUAGAACAGAAUCAUCGUUGGAUGUGCUAAACGAAUGGCUUAAUGUGUUGCAGUCUAUUCAAAUCCCUUUUGCACUCAUCCCACUUCUGACUUUGGUCUCUAAGGAGGAGGUGAUGGGAACCUUCAGAAUCAGGCCUAUCAUUGAGAAAUUUGCAUGGACUGUUGCAAUCCUGGUGAUGGUGAUUAACGGGUAUCUUUUGCUGGACUUUUUCGUCUUGGAAGUGAAUGGAUUGCUGUUUGGUUUCCUGGUCUGUGCUGGGACUGCUGGUUACAUCGCAUUCAUUUUAUACCUUAUCUUGCAUGGUGGUGGCCCUGUUGCCAAUUGGUUCAAUCUUUGGCUCAACAAAGGGUAUAAUUAUGCUGGAAACGGGACAUAACACCGCCAUUCUUUGUGAAGUAGAACACACAACAUAUUACAUACACCAUUACUUUCGGGACUGAAACACACCUUUCAAACUAACAGCGAGUAUAGGCAUACGCAUACGAAUGAUAUUUUGUAUUUUUACAUGUAUCUCAUAGAGGACGGGAACGAGCACAUUUCAGGCUGGACAAAAGGCGCUGCUGCUGAGCUCCCGCCACUAUUGUACAACGAGGUUUGCGUUUGGAGUAGGUAUAGAGAGUAACUCUCAGUGUUUUGGUUUCUGUUGAUAGUGAUUACCCAGAGAAACUUUAAUACAAUUGAAAAGUUUUGCUGCUUCUUUAUUGUCCAUGGGACCAUUUCUCUGUUCUUUCUAUUCAAACCCAUUGUGAGCA